AUGAAUCAUUAUCAACCUAAAUUACCCGUUGUUCAUUCAUGGCAGGAGGAAAUGUUAAGCCCUCAGGAUAAUGAUCUACUACUAUCUCCCUUUCAUGUUAGAGAUCUAUCAACUCACCUUCAUUCAUCAAUACGAAAUACUUCGAUUAUGUCAAGUGAUGAUGAAGAAGAAGACAGCUUCAUUAUAGAACAAUAUCUUUCUUCUAGGUCUUCUCCAUUCUCUUUUAAUUCUCCGUCUCCACCAUUGUUAAAAGAACAAGACAAAGCCAUGUCUACUAUGUUACUUUCUAAUGACGAAGCUCGUAUCAAAAAGCAAUCACUUGAUCAUCCUCUCUUCUUUACUACUACUCCUCUGUUUUCAAAAUUCAAUUCUUUUAUAUCAAAGAUCAAGAAAAUAACUACUUCUGAAAAGUCAUGA